UGCAAGUUAAAUCAUAUAGGCUGUAAAGAGAAUUGUAUACAGAGUCUACAAUGGCUUUACAACAUCUUCAAGACAGAAGUGAUGGCAAAAUGAUCAUUAUCCAUAAAAACAAACAGUUGAUGAAAGCAUUUCAGUGCGAACAAUGUGAUAAAUAUUUUACACGGCCAAGUCAUCUAAAACGACACAUGCUUACACAUACAGGGUUGAAGCCAUUUCAGUGCAAGCAAUGCGAGAAAUGUUUCACUCAGUCUAACCAUCUAAAACAGCACAUGGUAAUACACUCAGGGUUGAAGCCAUUUCAGUGCAAACAAUGUGAUAAGUAUUUUACUCGUCCGAGUCAUUUAAAAGCACACAUGGUCACUCAUACAGGGUUGAAACCACAUAAAUGCAAGCAAUGUGACCAGCAUUUUGCGUGGUAUGAUGGUCUAAAACAACACAUGGUCACACAUACAGGGUUGAAGCCAUUUAAAUGCGAACAAUGCGAGAUGUGUUUUGCGUGGUAUGCUGAUUUAAAACAACACUUGCUAACACAUGCUGGGUUGCAGCUUUUUCAGUGCAAGCAAUGUCAGAUGUACUUCACUCAGUCAAGCCAUCUAAAACAGCACAUGCACAAACAUUCAGGGUUGAGACCAUUUCAGUGCGAGCAGUGUAAAAAGUGUUUUACAUGGUCUGGUGAUCUAAAACAACACUUGCUUACACAUACACGUUUGAAACCAUUUAAGUGCAAUCAAUGUGAGAAGAGUUUUGCUCAGGCUAGCCAUCUAAAACAACACGUGUACACGCAUACAGGGUUGAAACCAUUUCGGUGCAAGCAUUGUGAGAAGUGUUUUAUAUGGUCUGGUAAUCUGAAACAGCACAUGCUUACACAUAUGGGGUUGAAGACCAUUAUUUCAUCGAACGAUCUACAUGUACAUCAUCACAUACAAACUGAAAAUUUACAAUCUGUAAAUAUCACACAUCAACCAAGCGCUCGAUUAACAGUUUUGUUAGAAUAUUUGAUAACUGGACAAGAGGUCUACUCAAGUGCAAUUGGUUCAGUGGAACAGGAUACAGAAACAUUCAGAAUGUGUUACUUAUUUUAG